GUGGAUUUGAUGUGACUAGCUUACAAGUAGGCGACUUCUUGUAUGCUUUUGUAGUAUACCUGCCAUUAGAAGGCAUUCUAGGAUAACUACUAGCCUACCUUUGACCUACUGCCUGGCAUGCUGCUAAUAGUUUAAACUGAUCACAGCACGAUGGCUGUGCAACCAAAUCCAGAACGCAACCGGUUUGUCACAUGACUGUGCUCAUCAUGAGUUUAUUUCCGCGUUCAUUCGGGACUGAAUGAAAGAGAGAGGGGCGCAUAUCUGAACCUUUGCCGUCCACAAAACGCGCCGCAGAGCCAAGGUGAUAUUCGGGGCAAGGGGACCCGCACAUUACCAUCGCUCGGACACACGCUGCGGCAAGAACAUGCUCACACGGGUGAAAUCAGCUGUGGCCAAUUUUAUGGGCGGUAUGAUGGCUGGCAGUUCAAACGGUGACCAUUUCGGUGGCUCGGAUUUACCACUGAAAUACCCGUACACAAGACCGGAGUUUCUGGGACUGUCACCGGAUGAAAUCGAGUGCUCGGCGGAUCAUAUUGCUCGGCCGAUCCUCAUUCUGAAAGAGACGAAGAGGCUGCCAUGGGCCACUGGUUAUGCAGAGGUGAUCAAUGCAGGGAAGAGCCAUCUGAACGAGGACCAGGCAUGCUGUGAGGUGGUGGUGGUGAGGAGGGGACCCAGUGCUGGGGGCAACUCCACCCCCAACAGGACCCCCACUACCCGGAGGAGGUCCUCCCUGCCCAACGGAGAGGGACUGGGGCUCAGGGAGAACGCUGAUGCAGAGCCCGGACUGACCUUCCACUACUGGGGGCUGUUUGACGGCCAUGCUGGCUCAGGGGCAGCGGUGGUGGCAUCUAAGCUGCUCCAGCACCACAUCGUAGAACACCUCCAAGAGGUACUGGAUGUCCUGAGGAACCCGGCCCUGCUGGUCCCCAUCAUCCAGGGGGAAGAGCCCACCAACCACCACCUCACCCCCACCACCCACAGGGGCAUCACCAGGGCCGCCUCACUGCGGGGGGCCGCAGGGGCUCCCGGCUCCCCCAGUCACCCCCCCCCCACCAGGUUUUUCACAGAGAAGAAGGUCCAUCAUGAGAGCCUGGUGAUGGGAGCCAUCGAGAACGCCUUCAAAGAGAUGGAUGCCCAAAUUGAGAGAGACAAGGCUGUGUUUAACGUCUCAGGAGGCUGUACCGCUCUGUGUGCACUCUUUUUACUCGGAAAGCUCUACAUUGGAAAUGCCGGGGACAGCAGAGCGAUCAUUAUCCGAGGAGGAGAGGUCAUCCCCAUGUCUACAGAGUUCACACCUGAGUCAGAGAGGCAGCGCCUGCAGUUCCUGGCCUACAUGCAGCCACACCUGUUAGGGGGAGAGUUUACACAUCUGGAGUUCCCCAGACGAGUACAGAGGAAGGAGGUGGGGAAGAGAAUGCUCUAUAGGGACUUCACUAUGUCUGGCUGGGCAUAUAAAACCAUUGAGGAUGACGACCUGAAGUUUCCCCUAAUCUAUGGCGAAGGGAAGAAGGCACGUGUGUUGGCUACCAUCGGGGUCACCAGGGGCCUGGGAGACCACGAGCUCAAAGUGCAUGACUCCAACAUCUACAUCAAGCCCUUCCUGUCCUGCUGCCCCGAGGUCAAAGUUUACCAUCUGACGCAGUACGAACACGGGGCUGAUGACGUCCUGGUGAUGGGGACAGACGGGCUGUGGGAUGUUCUCUCCAACCAGGAGGUUGCUGAAGCAGUCACCUGCUUCCUGGCCAACUGUGACCCUGACGACCAGCAUAGGUACACGAUGGCAGCUCAGGACCUAGUCAUGAGGGCGCGGGGGGUCCUGAAGGACCGAGGCUGGAGGAUAGCCAACGAGCGGCUGGGCUCUGGAGAUGACAUCUCUGUCUACAUCAUCCCUCUGAUGUACGGCAACCGGCAGACCUAGCCCAGGCCCAGCUCGCCUCCACCCACUAUGGGACUCAAGACAUGGCCUGUGUCCGAAAUGGCACCCUAUUCCCUAUAUAGUGCACUGCACUACUUUUAGCCAAGGCCAUAAAAAGUAGUGCACUAUAUAGGGUAUAGGGUGCUAUUUUAGGCACUCGUCCAAGCGGCAGACCUAGCUGAAGCCCAGCUAACCACCCACCAUGGGACUCUAAACAGGCUGCUCCCCCUCUCCCAUCCAUCCUAACCCUCCUUUCCUUAAAUCAAUGCCCUGGUGCUCACACAGUGCUUAAUCCUGGACUGUUUUCCUAAGGAUGCAAAAUGGCUCCUGGUUGUUGUACAGUACAGGGUAGAAUGAUUGUGCUUCUCUCUUGUGAAAGGAAAUUCUCAGGAUGUUCCAAUAUACAGUACCUUCAGUUUCUUCUUUUGUUUCUGUGCUGCAAAUGAACAAGGGAUAAUUCUGGAUUCAAAGGCCUAUGAGGGCCAUGUAUUUCAAACUAUUCAGUAGGCUAUGGUUUCUGUUGCAAUGGAAGGGUAUUGCUUUCACAGAGGUGUUACUACUCUUUUGGAUAUCACAUGGGACAAUUUUAAAUGAAGGGCAAAGAGACUGUCUUUCGAAGUGCAAUGCUUUAUGGUGUUGGUUUUUAGCCUAUUUAGAUCAGAUAUUGUUAAUAUAUUACUGAUUAUGAACAUGUAAAUAUGCUUAAACAGGAAUGGAUUUUAGAUAUAGAUUUCAGGUGUAUAUACCCUGUUUGAGUUGUGUGUACAGUAUACGUUAUGGAACCUGUUUUGUUCCUAUGAUGUUCUGUGUGUCUUUUCUGACUAAGGUCAACCAUCCAUUACAUACAUAAGUCACUGACCUAGACUAGGAGUGUCAAACAUACAAUCUGGCCUGUGGGUGGUUUGAGUAAAAAAGAAAUAUAUAUAUAUAUAUUUAUUUUCUUUUUGUUUAAAUAGUUUUUUGGGG